AUGGCUCUUCGUUUUUAUAAAGCAUAUACUCCGGGAACACGUAACCGUUCUGUAGCGGAUUGUAGUGGAUUAACAAAGACUCGUCCCGAAAAGUCUUUAACACGUUCAAUGCACCGUGCAAAAGGUCGUAACAACCGUGGAGUAAUUACUUGUCGUCACCGUGGUGGUGGGCACAAACGUUUAUACCGUCAAAUUGAUUUCCGUCGUAACAAAUAUGAUAUGGCGGCAACAGUUAAAACCAUUGAGUAUGAUCCAAACCGUAAUGCUCGUAUUGCACUUGUCGAAUAUCAAGAUGGUGAGAAACGCUAUAUUUUACAUCCGAAUGGAUUAGAAAUUGGUGAUUCUAUCAUCGCAAGUGAAACAGCAGUAAACGCAGUAGGAAACUCAUUACCUUUAAUGGCAAUGCCAUUAGGUGUCCAAGUACACAAUAUUGAGAUGCACCCAAAGAAAGGGGGUCAGCUUGUUCGUUCUGCUGGUGCAGUGGCACAACUUGUUGCAAAAGAAGGAGAGUAUGUAACUCUUCGUCUUCCUUCUGGUGAAGUGCGACUUAUUUCAAACAAAUGUUGGGCUACAAUCGGACAAGUAGGAAACAUGGAGGCUAUGAACCUUUCUCUUGGAAAGGCUGGUCGUUCACGUUGGCUUGGUCGUCGUCCAACAGUUCGUGGUAGUGUUAUGAACGCUGUAGAUCACCCACACGGUGGAGGAGAAGGUCGUUGUCCAGUUGGUCACGCACAACCUCGUACGCCAUGGGGGAAACCUGCUCUUGGUGUUAAAACACGUACACGUAAAAAGUACAGUGAUACCCUUAUUCUUCGUCGAAGAAAAGUUUCAUAA